AUGGGCAGCGCCAGCCCAGGCCUGAGCAAUGUGCCCCCUGGCUGCCUGCUGCUGUCCCCAGAUGUGGCGCUGCGGACAGGUGUGGAGAAGGCAGAGACAGGAGCAGUUGGUCCUGAGAAGCGAGAAUGGAGCCCCAGCCCACCCGCCACCCCUGAGCAGGGCCUGUCUGCCUUCUACCUCUCCUGCUUUAACAUGUACCCUGAGGAUGGCAGCUGGGUAGCCAAGGUCCCCGAGGCCAGUGCCAGGGAGGAGGCACUGGACGAGCCUGAGCAGUGUCCGGUCAUCGACAGCCAGGCCUCCGCCAGCAGCCUGGAUGAACACUCGCUAGAGCAGGUGCAGUCCAUGGUGGUGGGCGAGGUCCUGAAGGACAUCGAGACAGCAUGCAAGCUGCUCAACAUCACAGCAGACCCUGGGGACUGGAGCCCUGGUAACGUGCAGAAGUGGCUGCUGUGGACAGAACACCAGUACCGGCUGCCUCCAGCUGGCAAGGCCUUCCAGGAGCUGGGCGGCAAGGAGCUGUGCGCCAUGUCGGAGGAGCAGUUCCGUCAGCGCGCACCCUUGGGUGGGGAUGUGCUGCAUGCACACCUGGACAUCUGGAAGUCAGCGGCCUGGAUGAAGGAGAGGAGCUUGCCCGGGGCCCUUCACUACUGCGCCUCCACCAGCGAGGAGGGCUGGACAGACGGCGAGGUGGAUUCGUCCUGCUCCGGGCAGCCCAUCCACCUGUGGCAGUUCCUCAAAGAGUUGCUGCUCAAGCCCCACAGUUACGGCCGCUUCAUCCGCUGGCUCAACAAGGAGAAGGGCAUCUUCAAAAUUGAGGACUCUGCCCAGGUGGCCCGGCUGUGGGGUGUGCGCAAGAACCGGCCGGCCAUGAACUAUGAUAAGCUAAGUCGUUCCAUCCGCCAGUAUUACAAGAAGGGGAUCAUUCGCAAACCUGACAUCUCUCAGCGCCUCGUCUACCAGUUUGUACAUCCCGUCUGAGAGCCACAGAGGCCAGAGGCCGACAGCCCGCCCCAGACAGCCACUCUCUGCUGCCCUAGGAUCUGCCCAAUAUGAAGCCAAGGUCAUGGAGAGACAGUCACUGAUCUGGGAUACACAUGGGCUCUCUGGGUCCCUCUUCAGGUCAUACUGCUUAAGUACACGGCCCCCUGGAGGGUCAAGGGAGCUAGGCCUGCUGACAAAUGGAGAAUUUCCCCACCCAGGCUUGGACUGUGAGGUUCCUGGAGGAGCCACCUACGGCAAGCAGGGACUGGACCAAGGCAACCCACAGGACGGUGAUGUUACUGCUUUCUGUUUCUGCCACCCACCCCGUACCAUAACUGGCCUGGUGCUAAGAGAUGUCUGCACCGUGCUGGGGAGCCAGGGGUGCCCUAGGAAUGGAUAAUAAAGA